GCAAAACACGAAGCAGAAAUAGAACAUCGGACCCUUGCACUGAAACGUGAAGAUUUCUGUUCCCUAAAAAGUCUGUCUUAUAUAACAGAACCAGUUCAGCCCAAAGUUCAGUGGGAUUAUCUGUGUGAGGAAAUGCAGUGGCUUUCUGCAGACUUUGCACAAGAGAGUCGAUGGAAAAGAGGAGUGGCCAGAAAAGUAGUGCCGAUGGUGAUUCGCCACCAUGAGGAGGUGAGACAGAAGGAAGAGAGAGCAAAAUGUGAGGAGCAGGCCAAACUGAGGAGAGUGGCUUCUUCUAUUGCCAAGGAGGUCCGCGCCUUCUGGAGCAGCGUUGAGAAGGAAGCAGAAAUAGAACAUCGGACCCUUGCACUGAAACGUGAAGGUUUCUGUUCCCUAAAACGUCUGUCUCGUAUAACAGAACCAGUUCGGCCCAAAGUUCAGUGGGAUUAUCUGUGUGAGGAAAUGCAGUGGCUUUCUGCAGACUUUGCACAAGAGAGACGAUGGAAAAGAGGAGUGGCAAGAAAAGUAAUGCGGAUGGUGAUGCGCCACCAUGAGGAGGUGAGACAGAAGGAAGAGAGAGCAAAACGUGAGGAGCAGGCCAAACUGAGGAGAGUGGCUGCUUCUAUUGCCAAGGAGGUCCGCGCUUUCUGGAGCAGCGUUGAGAAGGUGGUCCAGUAUAAGCAACAGUCCAGACUGGAGGAAAAGCGGAAGAAGGCCCUAGAUCUCCAGCUGGAUUUCAUUGUGGGUCAGACAGAGCGUUACUCUGACUUGUUAAGUCAGUCCCUGCAGGCUGAUGCUGUACAGAGUUCAGAGGAUGCAGCACUCUCCAAACAAUCACAGCUGAAUGCUGUUGAUGAGGAUGAUAGAGACUUUGAGCCACCGUGUGAGGAGGAUGAUGAUGAUGAUGAUGAGACUAUAGAGGUAGAGGAGCAGCAGGAGGGAAAUGAUGCAGAAACACAGAGGAGAGAGAUAGAGUUACUGAGGCAAGAGGGCACUCUGCCUCUAGACCAGCUUCUCAGUUCUCUAACUCUCCCCCAGGAUAGUAACUUGGAAGAAGAGGCCUCAGAUGCUUCCUCGUCUAUAGUUGAAGAUGAAGACAAGGAAUUCAGUGCAAGUGAAGAAGAUGCGGAAGAUGAAGAGGACACUAUUGCAGCCCAGGAAAAGAUUGAAGGAGAUGGAGAUCAUGCAGAGGAAAUUGAUGACCUUGCUAGAGAGGGAGAAAUGAGCAUGGAUGAGCUGCUGGAGAAGUAUAGAGGAGCAUAUGCCUCUGAUUUUGAGGAACCCUCAGCAUCACCAGUCUCCUCAGAAGAAUCAGAAGGAACUGAGGAGGAGGAGGAGGAAGAGACUGAAGGAGAAGACAGCAUUGAUGAUAGUGGCACCUCCUCAGAUUCCCAAGCGGCUGUAGACCGUGUUGAAGAAGAAGUUGAAGAUGGGGAGGUGCAGCAAAGUGAAGAAGAGGAUGAUGAUGUGGGUGAGGGAAUGGAAGUUCUGCUGAGAGAGGGAGACAAUAGUCCCACUGAACCUACAUCUCCACAACCCAAGAAGGAGAUCAGCCACAUUGCUGCUACUGCUGAGAGCCUUCAACCUAAGGGAUACACAUUGGCAACAACAAAGGUCAAAACUCCUAUUCCUUUCUUACUUCAUGGUACCCUGCGUGAGUACCAGCACAUUGGACUGGACUGGUUGGUCACCAUGAAUGAGAAGAAACUCAAUGGCAUUCUUGCAGAUGAAAUGGGACUUGGCAAAACCAUUCAGACCAUUGCACUGUUGGCACAUCUAGCAUGUGUAAAGGGUAAUUGGGGUCCACAUCUGAUCAUUGUGCCCACCAGUGUAAUGCUGAACUGGGAGAUGGAGUUGAAACGUUGGUGUCCAGGAUUCAAAAUCCUCACCUACUAUGGCAGCCAGAAGGAGCGCAAACUCAAGAGACAAGGCUGGACUAAGCCCAAUGCUUUCCAUGUCUGCAUCACCUCGUAUAAGCUGGUGUUGCAAGAUCAUCAGGCUUUUAGACGCAAGUCUUGGAGGUACCUAAUUCUUGAUGAAGCUCAGAACAUCAAGAACUUUAAGUCCCAGCGCUGGCAAAGCCUGCUGAACUUCAACAGUCAGAGGCGAUUGUUGCUCACAGGAACACCUCUCCAGAACAGUCUAAUGGAACUGUGGUCUCUCAUGCACUUCCUUAUGCCGCACGUCUUCCAGUCCCAUCGUGAGUUCAAGGAGUGGUUCUCCAACCCACUGACUGGCAUGAUUGAAGGAAGCCAAGAGUACAACGAGGGCUUGGUAAAACGGCUUCACAAGGUGUUAAGACCCUUUCUCCUGCGCAGAAUCAAAGCAGAUGUGGAGAAACAAAUGCCCAAAAAAUACGAGCAUGUUGUGCGCUGUCGACUAUCCAAAAGACAGCGUUUUCUCUAUGAUGACUUCAUGGCCCAGGCCUCGACACGAGAGACUUUGGCAAGUGGCCACUUCAUGUCUGUGAUCAACAUUCUAAUGCAGCUGCGGAAAGUAUGUAAUCACCCCAACUUGUUUGAUCCAAGGCCCAUUCAAUCUCCCUUCAUCACAAAGCCCAUCAUCUAUUCUACUGCCUCACUGGUUCAGCAGGUUCUUGAAACCUCACCUUUUGAACGCUGUGAUUUGUCCUUGUUUGACCUGGUUGGUCUUGAGCGACGUGUAUCUAGAUACCAGGCAGAUGUUUUCUUCCCUCAGAGGAAAGUGACACAUCAUCUUAUUCAGGAAAUUAUGGACUCCCCUAAUCCUCAUCCCAGACCAAAGCCUCUUCACAUGAAAGUCAACAGGAUGCUCCAGCCUCUUCCUAAGUCUGAUGGGUGCUCCACACUGAACAGCCCACGGCCCGUGUGUUCCACCACCACUGCUGUUCAGAUUCCAAAGCCACAUCUAAUCACAGAGGUCACCACUUCACAGGCUCUCUCCCAGCCAUCACAUCAAGUUUGCCCUGUUACUCCUGUCAUUGCACCGAGAGCUCCAGUGGGUCCUAGCACUGUCCCGUCCAGUGCUGCAGUUAGGCCUCCAGCCCCCCACCCAGUGACUAUACACCCCUCAGCACCCUCUAGUGUCCCAGCUGUGGCUACUCCCCCUAAGCCACCAAGCAAUCUCCUUACUCAGCGGGUUCUUCUCAGCCCAGACAUGCAGGCUCGGUUACCAUCUGGAGAGGUGGUGAGUAUUGCUCAGCUGGCCUCUCUGGCUGGUCGGCCAGUGUCGUCCUGUCAGGGCAGUAAACCUGUCACCUUCCAGCUUCAGGGCAACAAGCUUACACUCUCUGGGACUCAGCUGCACCAAGUACCUGUGCCUAAACCACGACCCAUCCAAGGAAAGGUAAUGCAUCUGGUUUCCAGUAGUGGGCAGCACCACCUAAUUAGUCAGUCAGCUCAGUUGGCAGUUCUUCACACUGUUAGGCAGUCAGUCCCAUCAACCAUGGUAAGUGGACCUGGAAUUGUAAAGAUUGUUGUUCGCCAGGCAUCAAGUAAAGACGUAGGAUCAGUCCACACUCUGGCUGUGCCGCCUCCUCGUCCUGCUCCUCAGUCAGUCACCCUUCACCCACAUGGGACCCCAAUCCCCGUUCUUAGAGCACCCACUUCUUCACAGCCCCCACAACAGCCUCUGGUUUAUGCUGCUCCACCUCAAACUGUUGCUUUAUCUCAGACUCCACCCACCCGCCCUGUGUUGAGAGUCUUACAAGGACCAGCACCAGAACCAGUAGCGAAGGUGAAAUCAUCAUCAGGAUGCGAGGACAGUGGUAGUGAUGUUAUUACUUUGCGCAUGAGCACUUCUAAGCCUGCAUCUUCAUCUCAGAGCAGUGGGUCAACAUCUCUGCGUCCCCGCAUUCAGCCGCCACCUCCACCACUAUCCCCCUUCUACAUGUCAUGGCUUGCAGACAGCCAAAAGGCUCAACGAGAUGGACGAAUCUCUCAAAUAAUUCGCAUCAACGAGCUGCACUGCACUGCUAAGCCUGCGUAUGGCCGUGAGGUGCUGGACUUUUUAACCUUCCUCCCAGGCCCUUCUCCUUCCCCAGCACAUCCUGUUCUGGACAACUGGACUUUCUCUGGUUACAGCUCCUGCCUCACUGCUCAAUCAUACCAUCACAGAGAUUUCCUGGAAAAGAGUGAAGCCCUGAAAGAAGCCAUCCAUAACUCGGAGGAGAGACUUAAACAUCUCUCUGAGGUCAUGGACAGGUUCACUUUUGUUAUUCCUCCAGUGGACGCAAAACCUAUCACCAUGCACAGCUGUCACCCACCUCCCUCCCUUAGACAUCAGCAGGCUGUUUUCUCCUCAUUUUUAUCUUCCCAGCUCUCUCCACUCACACAUACGCUCCAUCGCAUUCAGUGUAGCAUGAGGACACAUUUCCCUGAUUUAAGGCUUAUUCAGUAUGACUGUGGUAAACUGCAGACACUCCACCUCUUGCUUAGAAAGUUGAAAGCAGGAUGGCACAGAGUCCUCAUCUUCACUCAAAUGACUCGCAUGCUGGAUAUACUUGAGCAAUUCCUCAACUACCAUGGACACAUCUACUUACGGUUGGAUGGGAGUACACAUGUAGAGCAGAGACAAGCCCUGAUGGACCGCUUCAAUGCAGACCGUCGCAUAUUCUGCUUUAUUCUCUCCACCCGCAGUGGAGGUGUAGGUGUUAAUCUGACAGGAGCAGAUACAGUGGUGUUUUAUGACAGUGAUUGGAACCCAACCAUGGAUGCCCAGGCUCAGGACCGCUGCCACAGAAUUGGACAGACGAGAGAUGUCCACAUCUACAGGCUAAUCAGUGAACGUACAGUUGAAGAAAAUAUUUUGAAAAAAGCCAAUCAAAAGAGGAUGCUGGGAGAUAUGGCUAUUGAAGGUGGAAACUUCACCACAGCCUUUUUUAAGGAGCAAACUAUCAGAGAGUUGUUUGAUUUGUCAGACGAAGAGAGGAAAGAGGCUGAGUUGAGGGUGUCACAGUCAAUUGAUGAUGAAUCCAUAAAUAAACAACAAACCACCAUUUUGGAACAGGCCCUGUGUCGAGCUGAGGAUGAAGAGGAUAUAGUGGCUGCAUCGCAAGCCAAGGCUGAGCUGGUAGCUGAGCUUGCAGAGUUUAACGAGCACAUUCCUCUGGAUGAUGGUGACAGCAGAGACCAGGAAGAGGAGGAGCUUUCCAAGGCUGAGCAAGAAAUCGCUGCCCUAGUUGAACAGCUCACUCCCAUAGAGCGAUAUGCUAUGAAUUUCCUUGAGGUUUCUCUUGAAGACAUUUGUAAAGAGGAGCUGAAGCAGGCAGAGGAACAGGUUGAGGCUGCAAGGAAAGGUUUGGACCAGGCAAAGGAAGGUUUGAAACUGCAUCAGUCAUCUGACAGCGAAGAAGAGGAUUGUCUACCACCAAGUACUGAGGAACCAACUUCUGCCCACCACCCUCGCAAACAUAAAGAGAAAGGUGCUCCCUCAACAAGGGUCAGCGGCAGGCUUAGAGGGACUCCUGCUGAUGAUAUAUCCCUUACACAGCCAUCCCCAGAUAGGGAGAGAGGCAGACAAGGUGCUUGGAUUAACUCUGAGCCCAGUAUAAGCCAAACCACAGGGCUCAGCUCCACACACAUGUCACCCUUACAAAGUGAAGUGCCUGAGAAGCGUUGCAGUGGUCUGCGAGGUCGAGGGGCACCAAAAGAAUCUGUGUUCCCCACAACAGCAGAAAACCAGAAAGUUCAAACCAGCCAGCAGCUGUCAGAUUCAGCAACCUUGUCCCCUGAAAUGCAGGGUUCAGAUACAAAAAUCAGAUAUGUGCCACCCUCCCACCAUUUGCCAAUCUCCCCAUCAAGCUCCAUGCCUUCAGCUGCUGGAUCUCCUGCAAUGGACAAAAACUCAACUGGGCACCAGUUCUCUUUUUCUGCCUCAUGCAGAGAGGACAGUGAAGAAAAUGGGGGAGAGGCACUGUCUGACAGUGCUCAGUAUAGUAGGAGAGAUAGAAGAACAUCUGCAUCUUCAGACUCCAUCUAUUCCCAAGAGCAUUCAUCUGGACAGGAUGGUCAGCUUUCCCUUUCUCCCACGCUGGCAUCACCAAACUCUCGCUCGCCAAGAAAGCGGCAGUCUGCUGAAAUUGAGAUCCUCAAGAGCCUUCCAGAAGAUUCUCCAUCAGCCAAGGUACUUCGGAAACUUCCAGGUCGACUAGUCACAGUGGUUAUGGAGAAGGAGCCAAGACAGAGGAGAGUGAGUGGAAGUGGAGGAGCACAUACUGAGGGUUCAUCAGAGGAGAUUGAACAGGUGGAGACAGUUCAAGACCCAGGCUCUCACUCUUCUGAUGGAGCAAGUCAAACUGUUAAAGACUCUCCUCCCAAAUCAAUCCCCACAUCCUUAGCUUCCUCCCCACCACCACGAGAGCAAGAACAGGUCUCUCCAUCACAGUCUAGUACAGGGAGAGGACAUCACCCCUGUUCCCUAACACACCAUUCACCAGACAAGCCUGUUCUGCGCAACUUACCAGUGCGUCGGAGGCUAGAGACAGAGUCUCGAAUAGCUGCACAGUUAGGAGAGCAGUUUGCAAUUAGAUAUAGAGAGCUGGAUAAGAGAUCUGCUUUGUCACCAAAGAAACAAUAUACUAAUUCAGACAAGGGCAGUGUUGUAAAUUCCACUGUUCAAAAUGACUCAAAUGUGAUUAAUCCUAUACCAGUGAAGCGCAAGAGGGGCAGACCUCCUAAAACACCCCCAAUGGCACCAGAACUGCCAGAACAGAAUAUACCCAUAACCCAAAAAAUAAGUCUUGAACAGAGUUCACCUCACUCACCAAAACGGAAAAGGGGUCGUCCCCGCAAAGACUGCACCUCAAGGACAGCAUUAACUUGUAGUGCCGGGCAACAGCCAGACCCAGCUACAAGCUCAUCUCCAACUUCUACGGGAGCUCCCUUUUCCCUAGAGCCAAACUUGUCAACAUCCAAUAUUACACCUGUGACUUUGUCCACUGAUAGCAAAACUCCACCAAUAUGCUCUCAAACUGUCAACCCCACUUCGCUCUCAAAAGCUGCUGAAAUGUCAUCACCUCCUCAACCAGAUUCCCAAACAAACCAAACCACUACAUCUGUGCUUGGGAACUCACAAAAUAAUACUCCGUCUACAUCAGAAUUUUCUAAUAGUGAUACUUACAACAGUCCAAGCCCCUUAAUUGCAUGCAUUGUCUCUCAAACUAGUACAUUUAAAACUCCACACAGCACUUCUACAGCUAGUGUCUCUCAGAACUGUACAGCUUCUUCCACUACACUACAGCUUCCAACUCCUUCCAAAGUGUCUUUAGCUAAUAUAGUCCCCAUCCAUGCCCAACAACAUACCAUUUCUACUGUAUCUGUACUCUCUCGGACCAAUCAAAUUACUGCGCCUUCAGAUAUUUUAAUGGUCUCUGGUGCAGAUGUAGAAGCUGAACUUUAUUAUUUCACUGCUAAUCAGAGAAUAGAUCAUUUGCAGCACUCAAACCCAUCAACUCAAGUGGCUUCAGAAUUUUUAGACCGAAUUAAUAUCACUGCAGGCUCUCUACGGGCCUCUGUAGAAUCCAGCUGUAAUACAGCUGUAUCUUCUGCCCCACAUCAAACAUCCACCCAACCCAAUCCUGUGCCUGCUUUGACUUCUGGUACUGAGACAGAAUCUUCUUCAUUUAAGACAGUGGCACCAGAAGCCUCUGUUACACCUACUGUGUCAACGGUUGUCCAGCAGUCUACACCUAAGCCUGAUCAAACAUCUGCUCCUCCCUUACAUCAUCAAACUACACCAGUACAAACAGCAAAAUAUUCAACACAUUCUUCACUCACAUCACACCAAAUGACUUCAACUUUUGUACAAUCUCCAUCUUCCCCUAAGCAGACAACAACCGAUUCCCUGCCCACAUCCAACUAUAGAGAUACAGAUUCUUCUCAGCCCCAAAACAUGCCAAUGGAGACUGUGGCUGAUAAUUAUGAAGGCCAAAAGGAGGAGGUACUAAAAGAGCAAAUUGAAAUUGACUGCAUUGGUGAGGAUGUCGCAGGAGAAAAAGACAGUGUCUUGUCUCAGCCAAAAACAAGGAAAAUGGAUGUUGCCUCAGUCUUCGAUAUUGUGACCCAUGAUGCUCUUAAGAGUAAUGAACCUGAUAAACCAUCAGAGGAGGACAGUCAUAGAGAAGACAAAGAGACCAGAACUUUGGCCAAAAAACGAUGCAUCAGUAGGAAAAGUAGCCAGGAGUCAGUUUGCUCCUCUUCCCCAUCUUCUGUAUCUUCCUGUGGCACAAGAUCAUUUCGAUCCAAAAAGGCUGGAGAGGGUAUGAGGCCAGCAAAAAGGAAAAGGAAGGAUAUAAAGUAUGAAAAUGAGAAAACAGUGGACACUCCUGCCCAAAAACACCUGUCCAACUCUUCCUCUUCCUCCUCUUAUUCAGAGUCCGAGGACUCUAAUAGCAGAAAUAGAUGUCUAACAAGAUCAGCCCAAAGGAAACUGGAGAAAGAUGGCAAAAUUACAAAAAAUUAUGAGAAUAGCAAGAGGCAAAAGGGGUGGUCUGACAAGAAGGGUCAAACCACCACUACAACAGAAGUGGACUCAAGUGGGGAAACCUGUUCAAGAGUUAACCGGAAAUCCACAGGCCCACAGUUUGUCUCUCAAUUCAACAUUUCACCCUCCCCUGAACCUGAGGUACUGGGCAAACGUUGUUCAGCCCUUAAUGCUGCAGCCAAGCUUUUGGCAAUGAGGGUAAGAGGACCAGAUACACCCAGCCCCAAAUUUAAGGCUGCUGGACAGAAAAACAGGCCACUUUCCUCUGAAAAGAGCAGUAAACUCAAGGGUAAAACAGGACAGGACUCUCCCAAGACACAUAACAGUAAGGAAGAGAGUGGCAGACAGACCCCAAAUCAGUCCUCUUCUGCUGCCCGAUCCACUCGGCAGCGACCAGGCAGCCUUGUACCCCCUUUGGAAACUGAAAGAGUUAAAAAAGAGGAGAAGAAAAAUAAAUCUGAUCUGAAGGAUGAAAGUGACAAUGAAAAUAGAGAGACCAGGUCUUCAAGAGGGCAUAGUGCCUGUAGUAGUGUAAGCAGUGAAAGAGGAUCAGGCAGUAGCAGAAGUCGGAGCAGUAGUAGCCAGCGCACCCAUAGUCUGGGCUCAGAGAGUACAGAGCCCCCCCGUUCCAGAGCACCAUCGUCUGGUAGUGAUACAGAGAGACGCAAAAGGAUUCAGGGGAAGAGUGGUGGAGGCAGAGGCAGAGAGAGCAGAAGAGAGAAGAGGUUCCAGAAGCAUGACAAACCUGAACUGAGUGCUGGGUCAAGUGAAGGGACCCCAGACAGGGUUCUCAGGAGUGUAGCUGCACUGGCAGCAGCUCAGGCACGUACACCAGCCAGUAACACACGCUCUUCAUUCUCUCAACACCGACAUUCUAAGACGUGAUAGGCAGAAGAUUAUCUCUAGGUGUAAACAAGGAAUUAGAUGAGAACUCGUGAGAGGAGAGAAGGCAGAUUUUAUGGAUUCGUGGAAAGGGGGUCAGUUUGGUUGAAGACCAUUGUUUUAGCUGUAUGAGAGAAGACCGAAUAAAGAGAUAUGUUGCACAUUGUGGUUUAAUCUGACCUCGCAUUUAAUGCUCUGUCAGCUAUCUUAAGCCAUUUACAGUGUGGAAAGCGUCUAUAGAAUCAGACGAAUGAUGAUGGAGAUAUGGUCACUUAUUUAAAAAUGUGUCCUAAUAAUUUGAUUAAAACAAGAUAUUUCACCCUACCACUAAGACUUUGGAACUUGGAAGUAGGUGGAAAAGAGGCAAGAUUUAUUAUUUGUUCACACUAUGUACUGUAAUCAUAAAGACUGGAAGAUUAUGUAAAGUACAUAGUGUGAACAAAUAAUAAAUCUUGCCUCUUUUCCAGGCAAGAUUAUGUAAAGUACAUGUUAGAAGAUUGGUCGCAUAGAUUAUACACUUUUUUUUUUUUUUUUUUUUUUUUUAAACAGAGUAUACUAGUGCUGCAAAUGGUAUUGAUGGGGAAGAAAUUGAUUGGAAGAAAUUAAUGCUACAUUUAUCAUUUAGUAGGGAUUGUACAAUUGUAAAAGUUUUGACUGUUGCAUUCUGAAAAAUGUUUGUCAGCUGUUUUGACUAUUGUUUGUUUCAAGUCAGUUGAUGAAUUAAGAAAAUUCUUUAUCUUCCAGGGUAUGAAGAAGAGAGCAGGUCUUUAAGGUUUGUUUUUGUUUUUUGGCUGCACUAUGCUGGAUUAUCUAUUUGCUUGAAUCACAUGUUUUAUGUAAUGUCUCAGUCCAUUACUUUUUAAUUCUGAUGCUGCCUGCUUUUCCCCAUAUGCACAUCUGAAAUGUCUCAUUUGAAUGCAUUGUAAUUUAGGUUCUUUUUUGGAGAGAUUUUCUUUUAGAACAUCAACCUGUCAAUACAUCUUUACUGGUACAUCAAGCUACAUUCUACAUUCUCUCUUUGCGUAUCUCUUGAGCUUGUGAUAAAUAUAUUGAAAUUUGCUUGUCAUUUGCUUUAUUAGCAGUACAGAAAUGGGAGACAACCUCUUGUUAUUUUUCUUCACACUUUCCCAGUGUUAGUUAUUAUGAUCAUCUUUACACAUUAAAUUGUAUUCUCAAAGCCAGAAUCUAAAAUGAGUUUGAUCAAAUGAGAGUGCCUGUUGAUCCAUGCAAGGGGUCCAUGUUAAUUUACAGAGGUUUGGACAUCUGUAGUGCUUUAAGUGUAAUAAGCUUUUCCAUCCUUCAUCAUAAAAACACAUUUCAUGUUUAUGUGCAAGUACAACCAAAACUCAGAUCAGUUCAUCAGUGAUUAUUGCUACUGUUAGCUUUUUUAUUUCUAGGGUAUUGGCCCUUUUUAAUGAAGUGGUUGAUGCUGGCCAGGAGACACCUGAAAGAGAAAGAACCUCUUGGGAGAAAUAUUUUAUUGCUGAGAAUUGGUAGUCAAGUGAGUUGCAAGAUAGCUUCCUUUGCCAUUUUUGGACAGAGAGAUGUUUUGAGGGUAUUAGUAGAAUUUGGUGAUGGUCUUAUUUUCAUUUUCGUUUGUCUAUUCUAAUUUGUUACAUUCCUUAUGUUCCCUUGUAAUUCCACAUUGUUUUACUUGAAAGAUUGAAACAAAAAUGUAAGUUGAAUAAAAAAAGACC